GUCUCACCACCCCGCGCAUGUCCGAGCUCCUACAAUCUGCUCGCGGUUUCCACUCUAGCUCAACCCCGUCUCUCAACUGAAAAAGUCUGUUCUGCCCGUCGAUCAUGUCCAGGGGCCGGGAGCCGCGGCGGCUGCUGCUGCUCGUCCUGGCCCUGCUGGCGGCGGCGGGGCCGUCGGCGGCGGCGGAGCUGGUGUUCGGGUUCUACAAUGCGACGUGCCCGAUCGCGGAGGGCGUGGUCUUCGCGGAGAUGCGCGCCAUCCUGCAGGACGACCCCACGCUCGCGCCCUCCCUGCUCCGGAUGCACUACCACGACUGCUUCGUCCAGGGCUGCGACGGGUCGGUGAUGCUGAGGUCGAGGAGGGGCACGGCGGAGCGGGACGCCACCCCGAACCGCAGCGUGCGAGGCUUCGACGCCAUCGAGCGGAUCAAGGCCAAGCUGGAGAUGCUCUGCCCGCUCACCGUCUCCUGCGCCGACAUCAUCGCCAUGGCCGCCAGGGACGCCGUGCACCUGAGCGAGGGGCCGUGGUACGAGGUGGAGACCGGGCGGCGGGACGGCAACGUCACGGUGGCCGAGUACGCCGCCAACGACCUGGCGCCGCCCGACUCCAACAUCGUCGACGUCAAGACCUUCUUCAGCGUCAAGUCGCUCAACUCCAAGGACAUCGCCGUCCUCUUCGGUUCCCACAGCAUCGGCACGUCCCACUGCGCCGCGUUCCAGAAACGCCUCUACAACUUCACGGGCGCCAUGGACCAGGACCCGUCGCUGGACGCGCGCUACGCGAGGCGCCUCAAGAAGCUCUGCCCGCGCACCGGCGGCCGCGGCAGGACCAAGGUGCCCAUCGACCCCGGCAGCGGCUUCACCUUCGACCUCAGCUACUACCGGCACGUCCUCGAGACGGGAGGGCUCUUCCAGUCCGACGGCAGCCUCCUGCACGACGCCGCCACCAGGGGCUACGUCGAGAAGAUGGCCAACGCGUCGUCGCCCGACGAGUACUAUAAGGACUUCGCGGCGGCGAUGGUCAAGAUGGGGCGCACCGACGUGCUCCACGGCAAUCUCGGGGAGGUCAGGGCCACCUGCGGCGUUUUUGUUGACUAGCUGCUAGGUUCAGGCCGGGUUGAACCUACGCUGAUUAUAAUCUGUGACAUGGAUCUCUGUCUAUACGUGCUCCUUGAUCCUUAUGCUCAGAUUAAGAGGUACAAAAGGAUUUGCGCAACUUCAGGUUUGCCCAAGGUACAAA